AUGGUCCUUCCAUGGGACCCCAGGACUCCUUCCUGGCUCCAUGGCUCAACGGGUCCGAGAACGUUCUCUGUAAGUCACGCCCCCAACUGUUUUAUAAAUGUCUUAUCUUCCUUCCCCCUGCGUCAACGCCGCCUCUCGCCAGGCAGUGGGCACAGAUCUGCAGCUGACUACGCCAUCUGUCCCUGCAACGUCCGCCACACGGACGGGACAAGCUUGCCCCCAGACGGUCAGCCCCGCCUCGUGAGCCCAGACACCAGCUCCCGGGAGACCUGCUUGCGGCCCGACCACCCAGGCAUGGCGCGCUUUCUCACAUGCCACUGCCCCACCUUCACAGCAACAUGA